AUGGACGCGGGGCGGCCCUCCUCAGCUGGUCCCGAGCUCUCGCGCCCCACUUCGAGGGCGGCCUCCGAGCGCUCCGUUUCCGAACGAGUGUCAAAUAGGCCCAGCACCGCCAGCAGUCGUCUCAGUCUGGAAGAUUCAGCGGGGCUUGACACUGAGCUGAAAAUGAGUCAAGAGGAGGUAAUCCGCUUGAAGAUGGAAUGCAUCCGGUGGGAGAGCUCGGCGGCGGAGAGUCGGGUGGCGGAGGAGGAUGCAAAGUACCAGACGCAGCUAAAGGAGUUGGAAAUCCAGGCGCUGAAGGAGCGGUUGGCGGUUUUCGACCCUGUUCUUGUCGAGGAGCGCAACCGGGCGUUGCGCCUCCGGAUUCAGGAGUUGCAGGAGGAGAUUGUGGAGCUGAAAGAAGGGAAGUACGAGGAGGCGGUACACUUGCAGCAUCAUUCGUUUCAGAUCCGCGCGCACAUGGAGGCGGAAUUCCGGCGGAGAGUGUCCGAGAACGAGGCUCGGCUGACGGAACAGCUCCGAGCGGAGCUGCCCGCGGACGCGCGCCAGGCGCUGGUCGACCGGGACAGGCUCCGGGGAGAACUGCAGGCGCUGCAGGAGAGCGUCGGCUCAGGUGGGUUGUUUAAGGACAACAGUCCGGAGAAGAAACAAAAGAAAGAUUCGGCGCAGUCACGAGCCGUUCCCGCCUCGCCAAGACUGGCCAGAAACACUUCUUCUUUUUACCAUUCCCUCAUCGUUCUUUCGACCCCUUUUCCUUCCAACGAUAUCACUCCCGUGUCAACAUACUGGGUUUCAUUUAUAGUCACGAGCCGCUCCCGCCUCGCCGAGACUCGCCAGAAGCAGUCGUCCGUGAGCGAGGCCCUCAGCCGGAGCCUCGCGGAAGAGCAGGCGAAAGCAGCGGUGCAGCUCCGGAAGCGGUGCGAAGCCGCGGAAGAGAAGCAACUAGAGGCGGAGCAAAAGCUCGCGGCCGCGCUGCGCGCGAUCGAGGAACUGCGGGCGCGACCGGAGGAAGCGCGAGGGGGCGGAGGCGGAACCGGAAGCGGGAGCGGAACCGGAACUGGGGCUAGAAACGGGAGCGGAAGCGGAAGCCCACAUGGAGGCGGCAGCGGAAACGGAAGCGCAAGCGGAAGCGCAAGCGGAAACGGAAGCGGAGUCCGGCCGGAACUUGGACGGUCGAACGGCGUGGCGGAAGUGGGGACAACUAGUGCGGGGGGAAAAGAGAACGCGGGAGGCGGAGCUGAGUCCAAUUUUCAGAUUGGGGUGGGGAAAAAGAAUGCGGUGGGCGCGAGCAGGCUGCGGCCCGCGAGUGCGCACCCCCGUCUGCAGGUGACGCUUCCGCCGGAAGUGGAGGCGAACGGAACGGAACGGGAGCGGCAGGCGGAUAAUCCAAGGGAAGCUGAACGUGCGAAAGAGCCUUGUCCAACGGAACGAGCGGACCUGGCCAUCAAGCUGCUGGAGGCGCAGCAGUCGGAGGCCAAGUGGCGGCGCCGAGCGAAAAUUCUGCAGGAGACGAACGCGCGGCUGGAGGCGACGCUGCUGCAGCAGAAGACGGGGAACGAUCGGACGGACGGACCGGUCGCUUCGCUGGACGGGUUCAACAAGGAAGCGCGGGAGCGUCCGAAGACGGCCAAGCCGUUCAAGUCGAAACCGUUCUUUUGA